AUGCUCUGCCUCAACGAGCUGCCCGGCCGCAAUGUGCAGUACUGGCACACGCUCGGCGCGCGGCCGAAGACCGUGGGCAGCCCCGGCCGGCGGCGGCCCAUGAAGAACCGGGGCGGCCGGCCGCGGCCGCAGACGACGCCCGCCGAGUCGCCGAGCAAGGCGACGCAGCAGGCCUGGCUCGGCGAGCCCGGCCAGGCGCCGCGCUUCACGCCGGAGCCGCCCGGCGACGCCGGCGGCCGCGGCCGGCCCGAGUACGACGGCCCGCGGACGCGGACGCUGCACGCGCGGCCGCGGUCGACGCCGACGCCGACGGCGACCUUCUCGGAGAGCGGCAGCGGCUCCGAGAGCGACGGCGACGCGACGGGCGCGUCGCCCCUCGAGGCGCCGGAGAGCCCGCUGCCCGCGCUCCCGGCGGAGCGGGACGAGCCGCGGCCGGAGACGCCGGACAGCGCGUGCACAGACGACCUGCUCUACCCGCCGAGCCCCGGCCGGUCCGUCGGCGAGCCGAGCCCGAACUCGCAGAAGAAGAAGGGCGGCCUCUGGGCCAUGCUCAAGACCAAGGACCUGGCCGUGGACGUCGCGGAAGACCUGCCGACCGUCGCGGACGCGCGCGCGCGACAGCCCGGCGCGGGCCGGAACCGCGGCGAGUGGGCCGUGGCCAUGGGCCGCACGGCGCGCGACCGGAGCCCGCGGCGCGACGCGGGCUACACGGCGGCGCUGACGCGGCCCGUGCUCGUGUCGAAGAUCCUCGAGUCGGGCGAGCUGAAGCUGCCGCACCGCCUCCGGGACGAGGGCGCGCUGAGCCUCGCGGCCGCGCUGUCCAAGGCGCUGACGGAGGAGAAGGACCGGCCCGUGAAGACCAUCGACAUCGGCUGGAACAAGCUCUCGGCGGCGGCCGUCAAGGCGACGGCGAACGUCGCCGCGGCGCCGGGCGCGCGCGUCGAGCGGCUCCUCGCCGCGGGCAACACGGUCGACUUCUUCGCGGCGCUCGAGGUCGCGCGCGUGCUCGCGCGCCAGGCCUGCGUGCUACGGGUCUUGGACCUGCAGCGCUGCGGCCUCACGGACCAGGUCGUCCACGUGCUCUUCGAGGUCGCGACGCGGAACCGAACUUUAGCGGCGCUCAACCUGCGGGAGAACGAGCUCAGCGACUUCGUGCGCGAGAGCGUGCGCGUCGCGCGCCAGCGCCACGCGGAGAAGCGGAGCAUCCACGGGCUGAAGAAGAAGGACGAGCGCCGGGGCCACGUCGACCUCGCGCACCAGCCGAACGCCGCGAACAAGGGCCUGAGCCCGCUGCUCAAGGUCCGCGAGCCGUCGCACGGCGGCGGCCACGGCAACGCCAAGGGCGGCCACGGCGGCAACCACGCGCCGGGCCUGACGCUGAACCAGGCCGUGCGGCGCGUCUACGAGAUCAUCGAGGCCAAGGCCCAAGAAGACGCGACGCAGCGCGCGCACCACGGUGCGAACGCGCCCACGGUGCCCCUCGCCGAGUUCGUCACGACGUGGCACGAGCGGCGCUUCGGCGGCCGGGCGUCGGGCCACCGGAAGCAGCGCGAGCUGCUGUCGCUGCUGAAGGUGUCGCAGCACUUCAAGGGCGGCGCCGCGGCCGCGAUGCUCGCCGCGAGCGCGCAGCACCACGGCGCGAAGCCCGGCGCGCCCCACGCCGUCCAGCCCCAGGACACGAAGCGGCGCAUCGCCCAGCUCCUCGACGUGCUGGGCGUCGCGUCGGCGACGUGCGCGUGCUACACGCCUCUGACGGGCGACGUCUUCGUGCUGCUGCUCGGGCGGCUCUUCAAGCCGAACCACGUGGCCAAGGCGUUGGAGACGACGCCCCAGCUGCCGACCUACGCCUACCUCAACGCGCUCAUGGGCGACUCCGCGGACCCGAACGUGCCCGCGACGUGGGACAACCCGCAGCUGUUGCCGCUCGCGAACGACAUCCAGCUGCUGGAGAUCGUCGAGCAGCUCGAGCAGCUCGGGAAGCGGCACCGGGGCAUGAUCCACCUGGACGACUUCUUGGACCACGUGCUCAACUUCAUGUUCGCGCGCGCGCGGCAGAUCACGGACGAGCUGCGGGCGGCGCUCUUCGAGCUCGGCGUCAAGGACAAGGCGGACCUGUCCUGGGACGAGUUCGUCGAUCUUGUGGAUUACUUCAACUCGGACCUGAGCCAGGAGAAGACCGUGGAAUUGUACGAGGAGCUCACGGAGAAGCGGAGCCACGUGCCCCUGGAGGCGCUGGACAAGGCGCACGAAAAGGCGUCGCACCGGAAGAAGAAGGAAGCGGAGGCGACGGACGAGCUGCCCGAGGAGCGCGAGGCGGGCGAGCCCGUCGCCAUCGAUUUGGACCGUCUGAUCAUGGCGCUCUGGAAGAGCUCCGUCUUCCACGCGGCGGACCACAGCUCCGGUUUCGAGAUCGCGACGAAGCUCAUGCGGGGCAUGAUCUCCGGCGGCGGCGACGACGACGAACCGCCGACGUCGCCCAAGGCCGGGAAGCGCUCCUUGAAGGAUGACGAGGAGAAGAGCGCCUACGCGGCCGUGCCCGUGGCGACGAUCACGACGAAGUGGCGCUGCUCGCUCACGGAGCUCGACCUCGCGUGGAACCGCGUCGACGACCCCGGGGAGCUCACGGCGUUGAUCAACGCGUCGCCGCACCUCGUCGUCUUAAAGUUCGCCCACAACAAGAUCGGCUGCCCCGGCGCCGUCGCGCUCGCGGCGACGCUCGACCGCGCGGCGAUUUUAGGGACGUCGCGGCCGCUCAAGAAGCUCGACCUCACCUGCUGCGGCAUCGGCGCGCGCGGGGCGCUCGCGCUGGCGGACGUCAUCGCCGAGCGGCUCAAGGUCCUGCCGAAGAUCGUCGACGUCGGCCUCGGGCUGAAUCCCCUCGGCGCGCUGGGCGCGCGCGCGCUGCUGCGCGCCGCGUCGCUCGAGGACGGCACGCUCCCCGCGGCCUCGCCGUCGAGCGCCGCCUCGAAGAAGGGCGCGACGCGGCGCUUCACGGCGAAGAUGAUGGCGCGCAAGCAGCCCAGCGAGCUGCGGCUCCAGCUCCGGGGCAGCUCCUUCGACGCGCCGGAGACGGCGGCGGAGUUGCUCCGCGCGUACGAGGGCAGCUGCGACGCGCUCGGCCUCGCCUUCGCGGACCCGGAGUGCGUCGUUUCUACUACCUCGGAACAGACCUUCAACAUCGAGGGCUUCGAGCAGCGCGCGGCGGCGCGGCGCGCGAUCCGCGUCGUCGCGCGGAGGCACGGCCGCUGGUUCGACAGGCUCGACUGGCGCUUCGCGUCGAAGCGGGGCUCCAAGGCCAAGAACUGGCUGCCGCUCACGCUGAACCGCGUGCUCCCGGGCGAGACCACCAAGAAGCGGCCCGCGCCGUCCGUCGCCGGCGCGACGCGGACCUGCUUCGACGCGCGGCGGACCGUGAGCCGGGGUAGGAAGACGAGCGGCCCGCCGGCGACGCGCGCGCCCGUGCUCGAGUGGCAGCCCGACGAGCCCUUCGUCGUGCCCCAGACGGGCGAGCUCCGGCUGCGCGUCGGCUACCGGCCGCGCGUCGCGACGGCGCUCCACUGCGCGACGACCGCGGGCCUCAAGUGCCUCCAGAGUUUGCUCUGCGACGCCGCGGGCGACCGCGACCGGCUCCUGGAGCUCGCCUUGAUGGACGCGUCGCUGACGUCGGCCCAGGCCGUCGAGCUGCUCUGCGGCGUCUUCUACGCGCCGCCGGCCGCGGCGGCCCAGUGGCCCUCGGGGGAGGCCGCGGGCCCCGCGCGCGGCCGCGACGACCGGCGCCGGUCCGCGCGGAGCGCCGCGCGGCUCAAGGACACGAUCUCCUACUACGCCGCGGCCGUCAAGGACGCCUGCAUGGGGCUCGACCACCUCCCGAACCGGACGGACUUCGUCGACGACGACCACGUGACGAUGCCGCAGACGCCCGACGUCGAGCGCGCGGUCGCGCGCGUGCUGCCCGCGCUCGUGGACCGGAGCCGCGCCGCGGCGCUCUGCCGCGUGUUCUUGCCGUCGGCGCGCACGGGCCGGUCCCUGCGCCGGCGCCUGGGCCACGCCUACGGCCCCUGCGUCGGGUCGCCGAACGGGCGGUACGCGCUCCGGCUGUGGCGGAGCUCGGACCGCCUCGCGCUGCGCCUGCUCCUGGAGCUCGACGACGCGGAGCGGCGCGAGCUGCGGGUGCGCCGGGGCCUGGGCCGCUUCGAGGCGUCGCACCAGCUCAGCGGCGACAGCAACUUAAGGGCCGUGCGGUGCCGCGCGACCGCGGCCGAGGACCGGCUCCGGGGCUCCGCGGCGCACGCGCACGUGCUCGAGGCCGCGGACCGGGCGUCGCUGCUCGAGGCGCUCCUCACGGCGCACCGGGCGUCUUUUGAUUUGGACCGGCGCCGCGGCGAGCAGGCGGCGAUCAAGUCGCCGGGGAACAUUUUGGUGCACGUCGACUACGCGUCGACGUCGCGGCCGCGCCUCGGCGUCGAGCCCCACGAGGGCGAGGCCGUGCUGGGCAUCAUGGCCGCGAGCUCGUUGCCCGCCGUGGAGCCCGACCUGGAGACCUGUUUUCUGGAAGACGACGCCUGCGUCUGCCGCCACGCCGCGGCCGUCGACGCGGCCGCGGCCGCGGGCGACGCGCGGCCGCCGCCGCCGUGGCUCCUGGACCGCGACGACGCCGACGACCAGCUCAAGGUGCGCCACAUCCAGUCGAAGAUCCGGGGCCUGCAGACGCGCGCGCGCGUCGCCGCGCUCGUCCUCGACCGCGAGUCGCUCGCGGCGGCGACGCUCGGCGACGCGUCCGCGCGGACGUCCGCGACGGCGAAGAGCCGCAAGUCCAAGGGCGGCAAGAAGGCCAAGGGCGGCAAGAAGUCGGGCCGCGGGUCCCUCAAGGGCGCCGCCGCCGCCGCCGUCGCGGCCGCCAAGGGCCCGGAGGCGCUCGCGGCGUCGCCCGAGCCGUCCGUCGCGUCCAUCCGGCUCGCGCUCCAAACAACGAGCCAGAGCCAGGGGGGGCGCCGGUCCGCGACGGGCGCGAACGCGCUGAGCCAGGGGUCCGUGACGUCCGAGGUCACGGGCACGGUCGCCGCGGAGGGCACGGUGUUCACCGUCGGCUCGGGCGGCUACGGCUCCGACGGCUUCGGCUCCGGCGACGAAUUCGUGGACACGGAGGGCGUCGACCUGCUCUUCGUCGACUCGGGCUGGGUGCCCCACGUGCUGCCGCGGACGCUGGACCAGCUCGCGAGCCGCCGCGCGCGCGCGCGGCCGCCGGAGCGGCCCGACGCGAGCCCGGGGGCCGUCUUCGCCGCGGAGGCCGGCGAGUUCCGGGACGACGUGCUCGACGAGCUCCGGCUCCACUGCGGCAACCGGGGCCUGACCGUGGGGUCGCUGGCCCUCGUCGUCGCGCACUACGCGGGCGCGGCGGGGACGUACCGGAAAGGUUCGGCGGCCGCGGGCCACGGCGGCGCGUUCGUCGCCGACGGCCUGCGCGUCGUCGACGGCCGGCGGGCCGCGGACGUCGUCGUCGCCCUGGCGCCGAGCCUCGUGGACCUCGAGAACCUCGCGGGCGACCUGCUGCUCCGGCUGCCGUCGCCCGUCGCCGCCGAGGUCGCGGACCGCCUGGGCCUGCUGUGCGUCGCGCGGCCGCCCGACGCCCACGGCGACGCCCGCGACGGCUUCGUGCUGGGCACGCGGCGCGCGAGGCUCGACCUGGCCGACGCGGACCACCACGCGGUCGCGACGGCCGCGCUGACCGUGCUCUACCGCGAGCGCGGCGCGAGCCUCGACGGCUGCUGGUACCGGUCCGGCGACGCCUGGGACGCGGACGUGCUCGAGCCGCCCCCGGCCUGGCGCGGCGAGGCGUCGAGCGACGUGGCCUACCUGACGCCGCGCGCCGCGGAGCUGUCCUUCGAGGCCUACGCGGAGGCGGGCCGGCGCGACGCGCCGCUGCGCGCGCGCGUCGGCCGCCACCUCUUCCUCUGCCGCUCCACGAAGGCCAAGGUCGCUCUGGAGGACCGGGAGACGGCGCUCCACAAGAAGACGUCGCCCCACGACGGCGCGCUCGCGGAGGAGCGCGUCGACGCGCGGAGCCGCUGGUCGCCCGAGCAGGAGGACCUCGCGCGCGACUCGCCGCACUGCGUCGGCCUCAUGGAGGCGCUGCGGUGGAGCCAGGCGAGCAACUACGCGCGGUCGGCCAUGAUGCUCCAGAAGGUCUGCCGCCAGUACGCGGAGCGGCGCGAGAUCCAGUCGUCGACGAUGGCGGAGCAGAUCGACCGGAAUUUACGGGAGUACCCGGGCCUGAGCCCCAUCCUCAAGAUGAUCGACCUGCACAUCCCGGAGCGACCGACGCCCUACGAGGAGGCCGUGGCGUGCUUCAACGCCGUGCUCCGCGACAAGAUCUCCGCGGACGAGACGUGCGAGCGGAAAAGGCAGGCGAAGAUGCCGUUCACGCAGUUCCUCCUCAAGUGGCACACGAUGCGCUACGGCGCGUGCUACAUGGCGCGCACGGAGCAGGGGCAGCUGCUGGCCUUCGUCCAGGACUUCGUGCGCCACUGGCGCCACGAGCACGCGGAGGCGCACGCGAUGUCCGCGGUGACGCGCCACGCGAUGGCGCCGCGCAUGCGCCAGUGCUGCAUCAUCGCGGGCAUCGCGCCGCUCCAGGUGCACCUCUACUCGCCGAUCAUCGCGGAGCAGUACGUGCUGUUGCUGCGGCGCCUCGCGCCGUCGACGUUCGACCUCGAGCGGUGCCUCGACUACACGUCGGCGCCCGGCGGCGCGGCGCGCGGCAACCACGUGGCCCUCGACGCGGCCAUCGCCGCGGUGACGGGGUCCGGCGACCGCGACGACAGCGAGGACGAGUACGACGACGAGGAGGACCACGGCGUCGAGGUCGACGCGCCGUCGACGUGGGACGCGCCCAUCCUGCUCGCGCUGACGGGCGACGCGAUGCUGUUGACGCUCGUCACGGACAUCCGCUCGAAGGCGAAGCGGGGCUUCGUCGACCGGCGGAAGACGACGCCGCUCUCGGGCCGCGAGUCGUUCAAGGACGCGGAGAAGGACCAGCGGGUCUUGGAGACGGACGACCUGCUGGACACGGUGCUCAAGUUCCUGCUGGACCGCGCGUCGGAGAUGCACACGCACCUCGUGCGCAUCUUCGAGAAGGUGCGCAAGUCGCGGCCGCGCCUGUCGCUCGACGACUUCCACCUGCUCCUGUCGCGCUACUUCGGCGCCGACGACGUCGCCCACACGUCCCUCGCGACGUCCCUCUUCGAGUCCAUCGCCAAGGUGCGGCUCGGCACCGACGGCUCCGAGGCCGCGCACGUGCAGAUCAACUACGAGGAGGGGGUCGUCGUCGACCCGACGCGCGCGGCGACGAGCCUGUGGAACGCGGGCAUCUUCCCGACGAAGCGCAUGAGCCACCUCGCCACCUGGCCGCGCGUGUCGCCGGGCAUCCUCGACGCCUGGGUGGCGACGCAGCUGCGGCGCGGCGUGAAGCCGUCGAUCCCCGACGCCAUGGGCUACCUGCGCAGCGUCGGCGUGAACCUGCGCCAGCUCGACGACGACCGGCGGCAGGCGUGGCUCGACGCCAUCGAGGCCACGGUCGACCGCGCCGCGGCGGCGGACGACGUUUCGGAGGCCGCGGAAGCGCCCGCGGAGGCGCCGGCUGCGAUCGUCGUCGAAGAGCGCUGGAAGCCCCUGCCGCCGCGGCGCCGCGCGAAGCGCCCCGCGAAGGACUCGUCCGCGGUCCCGGCGCCGCCGGCCCCGGCGGACGCGCCCGCGGAGCAGGCCGAGCGCCAUCGGGACGACGCCGCGUCGGAGGCGACCGCCGCGGAAGCGCCGGACGAGCCGACCGAGGACGCGCCGGCCGGCGGCGACGCGCUGCCGGACGAGGACGCCGCCGUCGCCGCCGUGGGCGCCUCCCUCGCCCGCGCGCGGGCGGCCAUCGGCGAGGACGAGGCGCUCGCGGAGCGCGCCGCGGACGUCGCGGCGCUGUCGCUCCUGCGAUGGCUCGGCGAGGGCCUCGACGAGGCUUCCCGGGCCUACGUGGCGAAGAUCGUCGUCGACGAGGCCCUCUCGGAGGACGACGCCGGCGACGCCCUCGCGAGCGCCGAGGAGGCCGCGCGGCCCUUCCUGCUCGAGGACGAGGACCGCGCGGACCUCCGGCGCGUCCUCGCCGCGGCGGCGGCCGCGGCGUUCGCCGCGGUCGCCGACGGCCACGCGUCGACCAAGGCCGCGCAGCUGCGGUCCCUCGGCUCGUUGCGGGAGUGCUUCCCGCAGGUCCGCGAGGCGACGGUCGCCGCGUACCUCGCGGAGCACCGCGACGUCAACGCGGCCGCGGAGGCGCUCUACGCCGAGGCCGAGCGCGUGCUCCGGGACAUGGAGCAGCAGGAGAGCCUCGACCGCCGGGUCGCGCGCCAGGGCGCCUUCUUCACGCACCGCCUCUCGAAGGACGAGCGCGCGCGAUUGUUGGACGAGUUCGCGUCGCGGCCGCCGAUCCCCGCGGGCGGCCACACGACGGGCUGCCACGUCGCGCCGGGCAAGAGGGAAGCCCGCAAGCAGACGCGCUACCGCGACGGCAAGGUCGCGACGCUCACGGGCGAGAAGUUCCUCGUCCAGCCCAAGGAGACGGCCGACUUCGUCAAGCAGACGUCCGUGUCCCUCCGCAUCUACGCCGGCGGGCGGACGCACUAA